AUGUCUGAACUUGUUACUGCGCCUUCGGGCAGCGUGUUCCGCCAGCUACGCGAGAAUCCCUAUGUUUUUGGCCUCUGUGCAUUCUCCUCUCUUGGAGGUUUCUUGUUCGGAUAUGACCAAGGAGUCGUCUCCGGAGUCCUCAAAAUGGAGGCAUUUGGUGCUCUCUUUCCUCGAGUAUAUACAGACAGCGGCUUCAAGGGCUGGUUUGUGUCAACAUUGCUGUUGACAGCAUGGUUCGGCUCGCUAAUCAACGGACCCAUUGCUGACCGAAUCGGGAGAAAAGGCUCUAUUCUUGCAGCAGUAUUAGUCUUCAUCCUCGGUUCGGCACUUCAGGCUGCGGCUAGCACAACGGGAGUUCUUUUCGGGGGCCGUGCUGUUGCCGGCAUCUCAGUUGGUAUGCUGACGAUGAUUGUCCCCAUGUACAUGUCUGAGGUUUCUACCCCUGGCGUACGUGGAACUCUUGUUGCGUUACAACAGUUUAGCAUAACAGUGGGCAUUCUCGUUAGUUAUUGGCUAGAGUACGGCACCCAAUAUAUCGGCGGUACACGCUGUGCCCCUGACGUUCCUUACACUGGUGCUUCAGGCUCAGAAUUCGAUCCGUAUAAGGAUGUUGGCCCUCACGGCUGCACUGGUCAGAGUGCUGCGGCUUGGCGUGUACCAUUUGCACUCCAGAUAUUGCCUGCAUUGGUGCUUGCCAUAGGCAUGCUCUUCUACCCUGAGUCGCCUCGUUUCUACCUUAUGAGUAAGAAGGAGGACAAGGCACUGAAGUCUCUGGCCAAGCUUCGUCGAGCUCAAUCUGAAGAUGAAUCUUUGCGACGCGAGUAUCUUGCGAUCAAAUCUGAGGUCUUAUUCGAUGAGUCUAUUGCUCGGGAUAAGUUUCCCCGUAAAUCUGGCGUAUCGCUAUAUCUGGCUCAGACUGCAUCGCUUGUAUCCACAUGGCCAGCUUUUCGACGACUCUUUAUCGGGUGCGCUAUCGGCUUUUUCCAACAGUUUGUGGGAAUCAAUGCCAUUAUAUACUACGCGCCUACGAUUUUCGGUCAACUUGGCUUGUCCGGUAAUGCCACGUCUCUGUUAGCCACAGGCCUCUUUGGCGUUAUCAAUACUCUGUCCACACUGCCCGCUCUGUUUCUGAUUGAUAAAGUUGGCCGUCGUCCGCUUCUUAUGUGUGGAGCUACCGGAAUGUGCAUUUCUCUUAUCAUCAUCGCAGCAAUUAUCGGCGCCUACGGAGAUCUCAAAGAACACAAGGCAGCUGGUUGGACUGGCAUUGUUUUCAUCUACAUAUACGAUGUUAAUUUUGCCUACUCGCUGGGUCCUGUUGGCUGGGUUCUCCCUUCAGAAAUCUUCAACCUUAGCAACAGGUCCAAAGCUAUGGCAAUCACUUGCAGCGCUACGUGGAUGAGUAACUUUAUUAUCGGGCUAGUUACGCCGGAUAUGCUUGAUAACUUAAAGUGGGGAACAUACGUAUUCUUUGCUGUAUUUUGCGUGAUUGCUAUAGGUUUUACGUUUUUCUUCGUCCCGGAGACAAAGGGUAAGAGUCUGGAGGAUAUGGAUAUUGCCUUUGGUGAUACUGCGGCUCAUGAAGAGAAGAUGAGACUGUUUGACAUUGCUGCUUCUCUGGGACUUACGGACCGUGUACCGGAAGAUAAGAUGGACGCCAGUGAUGGGACAAAAACAGAUGGAAAUGAACAGAGCGCCUAA